GCGCUAAACAACGCUAGACUUGUUUGUUAAAACAUUUUCAUUUUAUCCGGUUUUCCCCGGUUUUUCACCGCCAUGGGUUCGAAGAAACACAAGAAACAUAAAUCAGAACGGAGAGAACGCGAGGGUGGUAAAGAGAAAUCGUUCAGUGUCGAUCGUCCACCGAGUCUCAAGCUUAUAUUGAAGGUAAGCGGCAACAGCUCAACGCCGGAACACGGCAACGAUUCGCCGGCAUACGGCAUUCAAUCGGAUGGCGGAAGUACACUUUUCACCAGCAGCGGCGACUACCCGGAGCGGCAUAAAAAAUCGAAGAAAAAGAAAAAGAAGAAAGACCGCGAGAAGAAACACAAGCAUCAUCACAAGGAAAAGCGUCACCGGCAUCGGGGCGAUGAUACGAGUCACGACGGUGAGGAAGAUGAGGAAGAGGAGGAGGAUUUCAACAGCGUCGGGGAUGAGAGUUCUCAGGCUGCACUGGAUCCGGUGGGUGUCGUGCACUAUCCGACGGUGGCGGCAAGCUCGGUGGCGGUUGCAGCUGUAGCGGCCGUGGCAAACUCUUCCUUGGCGGCCCAACCUGUCACUAAGCCGCUGCUGCCAGAGAUAUUACUUUCACCGAAGCACGAACCGGAUAUGGGGCCGGAAUCGGUGCCGGAACCGAUGACUGAACCCGACGGAGGACUGGGCUCGGCUGGUGGGCUUGUGCCGAAAGAAGAAAUGACAACGGCACCAAGCUCGGUGACGACGGAGGAACCGCUGCAAAGUCCCGGCUCGAUGCAGUCCUCGUCGAGGCCGGGCAGCAAAAUCGAUUUUCACGAUACCAGCUCGAGCCAGUGUCCCAAAACGCCCAAUUCGGAUUGCAGCGGCCGAGAGCCGCGAAGCUGCGUGCUAAAACUGAAGCAAAUGCGAUCACCGUUAGCCAAACUGCUCGACCAUCUGCUGAAGGCGCUGGAGAAGCGGGAUCCACAUCAGUUCUUUGCGUGGCCUGUCACCGACGACAUCGCCCCGGGGUACUCCUCGAUCAUCCUGAAGCCGAUGGACUUUUCCACAAUCCGGCAGAAAAUCGACGACAACGAGUACAAUUCCGUGGCUGAGUUCAGCGACGACUUUAAGCUGAUGUGUGAGAACGCGAUCAAGUACAAUCACUCCGAGACGGUGUACCACAAGGCGGCCAAAAAGUUGCUCCACGUUGGCGCCCGGCUGCUGCAACCGGACAAUCUGAUGCGCUCACUGCGCCCACUGAUGACGUACAUGCGCGAGUUGACGGCAAAGGAGCUCGGAUUCGAGCUACCGGUCGGUGCGACCGAUGGGGAUGGAAGCGAGUUCCACCAUCAGCACCACACCGCCGACUCGGCUGACGAAGCGAUGGCGGCGGCAGUAGACGAAGGAAUCAACGCGCAAAUCGAGGAGGAGGAAAAACGAAAACAGAUCCGGCUGGAGAAUAAUCCCCAAACCAAGUUUGAAGCAUUCGUCGACGAUCUGACGGCGGAUGAGGUGCUGGCGCAGGUGCAAAGUGCAGCCCUGAACGCGAGGACAAAGCUGCUGAAGAGAAAAUCGGCCCACAAGCUCGGCUUCCUGAGACAGCACAAGGAUGGAACGACGUCGAUGAAGCUCCUGCUAGAUACGGGCGUUCACGAGGGUGGCGAAGGUGGUCCCGAACGGACGGUCACGCUUGGGGCGCACACAGGAAAGCUUCAGUAUGGUACGGGGCAGCUGCAGGGAUUCCGCGAAGAUCGUCGAAACAGUGCCAAGAUCGUGAAACCGCUCAACUACGGUGCGUUCGGAUCUUUCGCGCCCGUCUUCGAUUCGCGCUUUUCCAAUCUCAGCAAGGAAGAGACGGAUAUGGUGCUGAAUACGUACGGGUGCGAGACCGGCGCAGACUACGCGGAGAGCAUCCUGCGCUUUGCGAUGGACAGUCCGUUCGCCGCCGGGAUGGCGCACAAUCUGCUCGACGUGCUGACCAAUGGCGAGCACAGGCAGACGUACGGUAAGCUGUACGAGACGCACAUGCAGCGCCAGGAACGGGAAGCCGUCAAGCAGACGUUUCUCGAUCCGGAUGAGGUUGCCGAGGAAGUGCGUCGGUACGCCGAUGUGAAGAUCGACUUCGACGCUCUCCGGUCACUGUCUAGCGUUGGCGUGAAUAUGCAUUUUCUGGACGAUUUGGAGCGCCAGCUAAAGGAGGCGGACAUUGUACCUCAGUUGCAACAAUCGCUGCAUGAAAACUCCGACCUGCUGCAAAAACUGCACCAGAUGCAAACGGAGCGCCUAUCAGCCCCAUUGCCGGCUCAUCUGUCCCACAUUCAGCAUCCAUCCGACGGUGAGCUGGAGCUGGCCGGACAAAUUACAAGCAAUUUGACACAAAUCGCUAAACAGUUGCCACCGUCCGCGAUCGCACAACCACAUGGGUUGCGAAAGGCGAUGGGAAUUAAUACCACGGUUGGACUAGAUGUUUUCCAGUCGCCUCCACCGUCGAACGUACCAUCCGAAUCGCAAUCUCCAGUACCUGCACCUGCGACACUACAGCAACCAUCAAACUGCAAUGGAACCGAGGUCACCUCACCGAAUGCCCCUGCACAUUCCGGAACCUCUGUGACGGCAGCAACAGAUAUCGACACGACACCGAUGGACAUGGAUCUCGAACCGGAACCGAUUUCCCAUCACCAUCAUCAGCAUCAUCCCCAUCCACACCAUUUGCCUUCGCAACAGCAGCAACAGUCGUCUCAACAACAACAACAACCCCAAGAGCAAUCGAUCAUACAGAGCAAUCCAACCAGUUCCAGCAACCCGGUCGACAUUGACAGUGAACUAAGGGAGUUUCUGGGAAGCUCCGGUCUGAGCUCGAACGGUCCACACUCAACUGACGAAGCCGAAUCAUCCGAUGCGGCCUGCAUCGAGCAAAUGCUGUUGGAUUGAAGACCGAGACGCGUAUUGCACCAAUGUCAAGUGAAAAAUGAGGAAGUGGCUUUAUUUUUCAUUAGUUUAUAAGAGAGUAAGUAACAUAAAACAAAACAAAAAACUUAUUUUUCAGAAUAACUCCAGAGCUCUCCGAUGUUGCAAAAAAAAAAACAGUAAGCGUAAGCGUGUGUAACAUACACACAACAUACAACGUCACUUUUCUGCUCCAAAAAGAAAA